AUGAACAUGAAAGAGAUUUUCAUCCUGCUGCUGAAUCUGCAUUUGGUCUUCAGUGUCCAAGACAUUCGAGAGAGUAUCCCUAUGAAGAGCUUGAGAUGCUACAAUGACUACAACUCACAGGUCACCUGCACAUGGAUGGAGCAUUCAGAGGCUCAUGCCCUUGUUAGUAUGCGUCUUUACCAAAGGGAUGACAUUAUAAUGGAGGACAAAGAGAUGUUUUGCAAACGCCAGACAGAAAAUGACUUACACGAGGCUCCAGACAGAUAUGUGCACUGGGUUUGUCGCAACACUACAGAGUAUUUUGGAAUAGAGGUAGAUAAUACUUACGGCUUCAAACCUAACAAGAUGCUUCAAGCAAAACUAAAGGUUGAUCUUUUCCAAAAUGUUCAGACCCUCCCACCUCAAAACCUCUCAGUCCGCUCAACAGCAUCAGGAGACUUCUUGCUGACCUGGAAAACACCCGAUGGAAGCCAAGGGAUGGACAAUGCUCUGGAGUAUGAAGUCACUUACAAGAGGGAGUGGGAGUCCUGGGAGGAAGCUGUCUCGCUCUUGCUCUCCAACACCACACGUUGCCAUCUCAGCCAUGAGAACCUUGUCCUGGGGAGCAGCUACAUUGCCCGUGUGCGAGCCAGACCGGGACAGGACAGUGGUUUCUCUGGGCAGUACAGUGAGUGGAGCUCGGAGGCAUCAUGGAAGACCCCUGAAGGUGGUCUUCAGCCCAGGAACCUUCGCUGCCUCUUCAAUGGUGGAGAUCGCCUGACGUGCAGCUGGGAAGUGAAGAAAGUGAUCACCACCUCUAUCGUCUUUGGCUUGUUCUUCAGCGCUGCCCCAGAAUCAGGCGAAGAGGAGUGCUUCCCUGUCCGUGAGAAGAUUUUACCCCACGUCCCAUACGUGGCUCAGAGCUGUGAGAUCCCUGUGAGCAAUUUCAGCAGCCAGAGCCAGUACAGUGUGUCUGUCCGGGCCAAGACAGAGGAGAAACUGAUUAAAACCUAUAAGAACAUUAAGGUGCUGCCGCCUGCAAAUGUGUCAGUAACAGCGAUAGAGAACCAAGAGUAUGAACUGAGGUGGACAAAACACACUUUGAAAUAUGGCUAUAUAACACAGAGAUACCAAGUCAAGUACUGGGAAAACAACCGAUAUGAAAAGACUCUCCAGGAGUUAAACAUCAGCAAUGAUGAACCUCCCUUCAUCUUCACCCUGCAGAUGCUGGCAGCAUCUACAGAGUACAGGGGGAAAAUGCGUGCAAGGGUCAAUACACCUGUGAUUUAUGAGGGGCCUUGGAGUGAAUGGAGCGAGGAGUUCACCUGGAAGACUGAGAAUGUUCUGUCACCAUUUGUUCUCCCAGUGGCACUCACAACUCUCAUCAUCCCUCUGCUAAUAGUUGCUUAUUGCAGCUAUAAGUAUUUCCUCAGGAAGAAGAAAAUGUGGGAGGAAAAGAUUCCAAACCCCAGCAAGAGUGUCCUGAUCCAGAGUUACCUGGGGAAAGCACAUUUGGGAGACUGGCCAACAAGCAGCCAGCUGGACUUCAACAAACACAACCUUCCAGAGAAGAUGGAGCAGGCUAGCUUCCUUCAAGUUCUGGACAGGCAGGUGAAGACUUUGGCAGAGUGCCUUGAAGGACAGGCUAAAAAGACAGAUAUUUCCACUGUUGCACCAGACCUGCAGAACUCAUACCACGCUUUAAAUGAGCCAGAGCACACCCCAGUUAUCUGCUCAAGGCAGAUUGCUGGUCAUCCCCUUCCUGUUUUGAGGAGAAACAGUACUGAUGCAAGUAUUGCUUCCCACGUAGUGACCCCUUGCUGUGCUUUCAAUGGUCCAUACUUGUACAGCCCAGUGAUGUCCUCCCAGCCUGAUGUAUGUCAGAGCUUGGAACUGGACUCUACGGGACUCUCUGAGAAAUCAGUUUCCCUUCAGUAUGUGACAAUUCCAAGGGAAGACUGUACCCAGGCUCCACAGAAGCAAGAACAGCCUGGAGCAGGUCCUCCAAAGCCUAACCUGCUACAAGAUCAGAAGGAAAUGAUGCAGCACCUCAGUGAUAAGGAAGAAGUCUCACCAGCCCCACCAGCCUGUGCGAAAGACAGGAACAUGAGAACAGAAGAGCAGAACUCUCUGGAGAACUCUCCGAAGGUUCCUAGCUGUACCACAUCUCCUCAGCAGUGCCCCUUAGACUACAUCACCACGGAAAGCCUGUUACUGCCAUCAGCCAGUGCUGCCACCCAUCCUCCACUUGUCAUUGCUGAGGAGUCACCUGGUGGCUCCCAGGAGCCCCAGCCCCUCAGUGACCACUCUUGCCAUGAGGUUUCUCCUGGGAAAACUGGUGUCAUGGUCCCAGUUUCAGACCAAGCACCAACCUCUUCUCCUGAAUUGCACCUGGAUACAUUUGGAGACUAUCUUACUGUGCCCUUAGGCCUCCCUGGACAUUCAGAACCCACUGCCUUACAGAAGGGAAGCAGUCUUCCCGGAAAGCAGCCUUUGUCAGAGGGCAACUUGGUAGUGUUAAACCCUGACAGCAUUGAGCCAGUUUUCCUUUGUCAGGUUGGUGACUAUUGCUUCCACAGCCUAAAGUCCAAUGUGAAGAUGGACAAUAGUCAGGAGGAACACCAAGCCAAGAAACUUUCUGAAGACAAGCCAACACUUGGGAAGCCUGUGUCUGAUGAUGAAACCAUCACUGGCAAGGAAAAGGAUGUGUCAAAAAUGCAGGCUAUUCAGCUUUUCAAAAACCUGAAGUCUGAUGAUUACUUUUCCUGGCAGCAAUCUUUGAGGAUCAAAGAAAUCUGUUAA